AUGGCCGGCCACCAACCCCCACCCAUCCCCAUCACCACCAUCACCCUCACCAGUGCCGCCGAGAUGGACGUCCUCCGCGCCUUCGUGGCCAGGGUCGAGGCGAUCAACGACGUGCUCGGCGCUGCGCGGGAUAGGGUCUUGCCCGAGGAUGGGACGGUGGUGUCGAGGGAGGAGGUUAGGGCGGAGAUGCCGAAGUUGCUCGGGGCGGCGAGGGAGAUGGACCCGCAAGCUCCCUCCGAGGGCACCGACGGCGCCACUGUGGCCGAGUACAACCUCGAGAUCGAGCAACUAGAAGAGGACAACAUCCGCGACUUGGAGCAGCAGAUCCACGACUUGAAGCAAGAGAUCGAGGCUAGGGAGCGUAGUAUUGCGAAACUGAGUUUCCUUCGCGAUUGCGACCGGGAUGCUAUUCCGAAAGCCAACGAAGAUGUGGUAAAGGCUAAGAAGGCGUACGACACCGCUAAUAACCUCUUCUUUGAGGAGGAGCUCAAAGACCCCUAUGGGGAGAAGACCCUAGUCGCGUAG